UCAGAGGCAGCAUAAAAGUCAAAUAUUUCCAAUGUAAAAAUGACAUAGGAUAUAUCCCCUUCUGUUACGUUUCAUUCCCAAAAUAGUGGGUUACUUCACACAAAUAAAUAUACAGUUCAUACACACUCACACUUUCCACAGACAGUUCUAAAGGAUAGGAGGGUUGUAAAAAGGAUUGUUGGGACUAUCCCAUUGCUGUGAGUAGGCUACAAUAGGUUAAGGCAGGAGGACUGAGUAGUUUUGUUGACCGAUACUUUAUUCCACAUGAUACAAUACAUCAUUGUAAUAUUUGAUUUGGCGUAUGGUUGUGCUCGCAGCGGCUCCCUGCCGCACCCAACGAAGACACCGUCUUCUGAGACACGGUCUCGACAUCCGGGCAGAGAGCAGCAACAGCAUUCCCCUGAGAAAGAAGAAACAGAAGACCAGACAAAAGGGUGGAGGCCAGGGAGGUUGAGGCCGCAGGAGGCCGGGAGAGUUUGAGUCGUACUAGGAAUGCAGGAGCUGGGAUCCCUGCUAUAUACCCAGCCCUAUUAGGAGGGUGUGCCUGAGCGUGAUGACGAUUUGCUGGUCGCGCUAUAGGUCUUGCGUCCCCCUGCAUGAACCUGCUUCGCUUGUUUAUAUAUAUAUGUUAGGGGGUAGGCUACAACCCAGGAUGGGAGAUGGUGGUAUUGAGGACAGGUUUUGUGUGUUAGUAAUAAGGGAGGGGGGGAGGGCUUGCCAGGAAAGGUGUGACUACUUUUUACACCCACACAAGUGUGAAGAUUAAGAUAAGAGAAAUAUGUGCGAUAAUUUAAUAUUAAAUCAGGAAUAAUGUUCAUCAAUUGAAUUGAUCAACAUUUUGUCGGUAUGCAAAAAAUGUUAAUGUUUAGGAAGCUGCACCCAGCUUGCUCCGUUGUGAUGUCAUCAUCAGGUGUACUUUGCACAGCACAGUGUUUGGCUCAACCUGGCAUUGCACGGGUUGGGUGGGGUGCUCAAAUACCUGUUCGGGCAGAACACACCGACUCCGUUUCGUGCUCGGACAACACACUUGCUUCUUAGAAAACUCACUGGGAGUUGUGUAAUUCUUGGAGAUUGCCUACUGUGCGUAAAAGGGCUUCUAAGAACGGGGAACCCCUACAUUUUAGAAUAAAAUAGUUUUUUGGUUCAGAACAUCUAACAACGAUGACCACUGCCGAUGCAGACGCAACUAGAAUCCUUGGCAAGGGUCCAGAAUAUCUACGAAAGCAGAUGGAACUUGACAGUGACACGAAGGGAAGAGUGAGCGCCGUGGAGAGGCUAGCAGCAAGUAAACCACAAUAUGUUAAGAGUCAACAGGUGGUCAACUCCACGCAGGAGCCAGUAAUCAGCUUUGGGGCUCCCUCAGUCAGUAGUAACGGGUCAUCUAAUCGGAGCUCUAAUCGGAGUGGUAAUUAUGUAACUGGGAAGACAAACCGGAGUGACGCUCAAAGUGGGCCCUUAACGCCACUGGAGGACAAUAUGGUACGUCGAACAAGUUCCAAAAAGCGUGACUCUCUUUUACUGUACAGACAGAAAUGCGAUCUUCUGAAAGGAUCGUCAGCUGAGAAAAACAAACGGAAUUUGGGACGCAGGCUACUACUGACCUCUUUGAUUAAGGCAAAUGUAUUACCUGAGGCAACAGGUAAAGAAUGUGAUUCGGAAGAUGGCCAUACCUCACUAACAGCACCGGGGGGAUCUGGAAGAGAAUUGAAAAACGACUCAAAAACAGCUACUUCUGAACAGUGUGCGCUUGUAACCCUUGACGUAUCCACGGGACAACGGGUGGACAUCAAAAGCCUCGCGCAAAAAGAGGGUUCAGGUAUAGAUGGUAGACUUGCUCACAACAGAGUAACUGAAGUUAAAAGAAGGAGCGGCAAAGGGGUCGGCCGUUCACACUCGGAUAUCAGCUCAAGGUAUUCAAAGAAUUUUGCAGACUUUGACGCCUUCUUCAAGUAUUGCGGGCUAGACAGCGAGAUCAUUGAAUCUCUGGGCAAAGAAAACUUUUCCGCGCUUUCGGACAAAACUGCAAACAAAAUCCGAAGCGUCAGCUGCUCAACAUCAGAUGGAGGCUUCUCACAGAACAGCGGCGAGAGUGACGGAUUACAACAAGAAGAGCUGCACGAAAAUAUCCGUCAGGAGACUUCAGUCAUUGAGCGCAAUGCAAGGAUUAUCAAAUGGUUGUACAGCUGCAAAAAUGCUCAGGAGUCUGGGAAAACAUUACGAGACCUUGAAUAGAACUAUGGUCCUACAUGGUCUUAGGCUAGGCUAUGUCUCAUUGCCUAUAUUGUUAUUGUGGGUACUAAGCCACCUUGAACCAUAUAGUUUUCAUAUUUUCAGUGUACAAUCCAGUUUACGAAAUUUUUUUAAACUUCAUUUUCAAAAAUACAAAAUGUCUCAAAUAGGCUAGUAUCUGUCUUUCAAUGUAUGUUUAGGCUUCCCCUUAAUAAAGUGCUGUUAAUUGACAGGCAACGUAUCAAAUAUAAAUAGGCCUAUAGGCCUGUUUCCGAUGACAGCUCACUGCCACAGUUGUCCUUAUGACUCAGGCUGAACAUGAUGAAUAGAGGAAACCCAGGCCAUGGGCCAUAGCAGAUUCCUUUAGGUUCGCUCUGCAUCCCAACAGUUGAUAGGUGUGUGAGUUUGUGUCUGUGUGAGAGCGAGAGAUAGAGUGGUAGAGAUAUAUGUCUACUUUAAACACAUGUUUUUUUGUUGUUGAGUACGAGUCCAGAGACAGUAUUCCAUCCAUGUGUCAGUUUCUAUAUCUUUCCAUUCUUACCUUCAUAAUUUUUAUACUCUGCCAUAACGAAAGCAACACAUAAUGCACACACAGCACCAAUUGAACAUGAUAAGGUUGAUACAUUUCAAUAAAACAUAAUUUCUUAAUCAUUUGUAUAUCUUAUGAGUAAAUAUGAAGACGUAAAGACGACCAGGAACACUGUGUCAUUGUGUUUGUAAGUAAAAACAUUUAACCACCGUAUAAUUACUUCUCAAGUUAAUUCAACUUGAGAACAAUAAGGGAACAAUGCACCUAUCGUGUGCCUGUUUCUGGGUGAAAGGUCUGAAAGUAUAUCUCAUUCUUUUCUUCUUCUCUCAACGCUGUCGUCUUUAAUUACAGCCCACAAGGUGUAA